UGCGAGAAUUUGGGCUCCGGAAAACAGUAUGAAGAUAUGAUUAGUUGAAUGAAAGCCCAUCAUCAUCGUCAUCGUCAUAAUCAGUCCAACAGUUUUCUCUCUCUUCUCCCCAAGAGAGAGUCUCUCUCUCUCUCUCUCUCUCUCUCUCUCUCUCUCUCUCUCUCUCUAAAAUCGGCUUUAUACCACCGCUUCCCCUAAAGUCGUCUUCACUCAACUGUAUCCCGCUGAUUGCUACAACCAAUUGUUCUUUGAUCGAUUUCACAUUCGUACAUAUCCAUAACCGAGAUUUUAUGGUAGCUGAUUGCUUCAACCUCAGCUAAUAUUUUAAUGAUAUUGACGAGCCUUACUCCAUAAGAUGCUGUAAUUAGUGUACGCUUGGAGAGUCGAGAGGUGGUUGGUUCAUCAAUAAUGGACUCUUGCAAUUGCAUUGAGCCACAAUGGCCAGCUGAUGAACUUCUGAUGAAAUAUCAGUACAUAUCAGAUUUCUUCAUUGCACUUGCUUAUUUCUCAAUCCCAUUGGAGUUAAUAUAUUUCGUUAAAAAAUCAGCAGUUUUCCCCUAUCGAUGGGUUCUUGUUCAAUUUGGUGCUUUCAUUGUUCUAUGUGGAGCCACACAUCUUAUUAACUUAUGGACCUUCAAUGCACAUACAAGAACAGUCGCCAUUGUUAUGACCACUGCAAAGGUGUUAACAGCUGCAGUCUCAUGUGCAACUGCACUCAUGUUAGUCCACAUAAUCCCUGAUCUACUCAGUGUCAAAACCCGAGAAUUAUUUCUAAAAAAUAAAGCUGCACAGCUGGAUCGUGAAAUGGGUAUCAUUCGAACACAAGAAGAAACAGGCAGACAUGUUAGAAUGCUAACUCAUGAAAUCAGAAGCACUCUUAACAGACAUACAAUAUUAAAAACUACACUUGUGGAAUUAGGAAGAACAUUGGGGUUAGAAGAAUGUGCUCUUUGGAUGCCAACACGCAGUGGUUUAGAGCUUCAACUUUCUUAUACCCUUCGCCAUCAAAACCCUGUAGGGUUUACAGUUCCAAUUCAAUCUCCUGCAAUUAAUCAAGUUUUUAGUACUAAUCGUGCUGUUAAAAUAUCUCCAACUAGUCCUGUUGCUAGAUUACGCCCUGCUUCUGGUAAAUAUAUGCUUGGGGAGGUUGUUGCUGUGCGGGUCCCACUUCUACAUCUUAACAAUUUCCAAAUCUAUGAUUGGCCUGAACUUUCAACAAAACGUUAUGCUCUAAUGGUUUUGAUGCUUCCUUCUGAUAGUGCUAGACAAUGGCAUGUUCAUGAACUUGAACUUGUUGAAGUAGUUGCUGAUCAGGUUGCUGUUGCUCUUUCACAUGCUGCAAUCUUGGAAGAGUCAAUGAGGGCUAGAGACUUGCUUAUGGAGCAAAAUGUAGCACUUGAUCUUGCAAGAAGAGAAGCUGAAACAGCUGUUCGUGCACGUAAUGAUUUUCUUGCAGUUAUGAAUCAUGAAAUGAGAACUCCAAUGCAUGCAAUUAUUGCACUUUCUUCAUUACUUCAAGAAACCGAUUUGACACCAGAACAACGCCUCAUGGUUGAAACCAUUUUAAAAAGCAGUAAUUUACUUGCCACACUCAUAAAUGAUGUAUUAGAUCUUUCAAGGCUGGAAGAUGGUAGUCUUGAACUUGAUACCACAACUUUCAACCUUCAUGCUCUCUUCAAGGAGGUUUUAAAUCUGAUCAGGCCUGUUGCAUCAGUCAAAAGGUUGUUUGUGACACUGAGCCUUUCAUCAGAUUUACCAGAAUAUGCUGUUGGUGAUGAAAAGAGACUUAUGCAAAUAAUUCUAAACAUAAUUGGAAAUGCUGUGAAAUUCUCAAAAGAAGGCAGCAUUUCAAUUUCCGCCAUCAUGGCAAAACCAGAUUCUUUAAGGGAUCCACGAGCUCCCGACUUUUUUCCCCUUCUUAGUGACAAUAAUUUCUUUUUACGCGUUCAGGUGAAAGACACAGGAAUGGGAAUCAGCCAACAAGACAUGCCAAAGCUCUUCACCAAAUUUGCAGAAAGCCAAUCACCCGCAACUAGAAAUCCAGGUGGCAGUGGUCUCGGCCUUGCCAUCUGUAAAAGAUUUGUGAAUCUUAUGGAAGGUAAUAUAUGGAUAGAAAGUGAAGGCCUUGGCAAGGGGUCCACUGCAAUCUUUUUUGUGAAACUCGGGUUCCCAAGUCGCUUAAACGGGUCCCGCCUCCCUCACAUGCGAGUGCCCGCAAAACUCGGGCAGACAAAAUUUCCGGGACUAAAAGUUGUAGUUGUGGAUGAUAACGGGGUUAGCAGAACAGCAACGAAGGGGCUACUUGUGCACCUUGGUUGUGAUGUAACCACGGUUAGUUCAGGUGAAGAGUGCUUACAAGCCAUAACCAAAGACAGCUAUAAGGUUGUUUUCAUAGACGUGUCUUUAUCUUCUGAUGCUUACAAUGUUGCAAGACUUGUCCAUGAGAAAUUACCAAAACGCCAUGAAAAGCCUCCCCCGCUUAUAGUCGGGCUCACUGGAAACACAGAUAAGGCGAUGAAGGAAAGUUUGUUGAGAGCUGGAAUGGAUGGACUUGUGCUUAAGCCUGUUUCGGUUGAGAAGAUGAGACUUGCAUUGUCUGAGCUUUUGGAGCAUAAUACAUGAAAACCAUAAAACCAUGAAUGGAGAUGGAGGAGGUUUGUACUACUUGUACAUAUUGCUACUUUUUUGGUACAUUAUAUUAUAUUAUGUGUGUGUGUGUGUGUUAAUGCUGUGAUAUGAUAUGAUUAGAAGAAGAUGGUAUUGAUACUGUUGUUUCAAGUGAGAGGUUUAACAUAUGCUACACAUUACAAGAUUUGUUGCAUAGAAUUGCUAUAAGAAACACUCGACUUUGCUUUUUCUUAACUUGUCUUUCUUUACAAUAUGUAAAACUCUUGGAAAAAACUUGAACGUUUGUAAUUAUUAUUUAUAUCAUUAUAUGUUAACUUCAUAUAAA